AUGACUUCUUCCUUGUCGUCGCUGCCUUUGGAGUUAGUAGAAGAGAUAUUUGUCAGGGUUCCCAUCGAAUCGUUGGUACGAUUCAAAACGACAAGCAAAGAAUGGUACGCUUUCUUCAGCCACAAGAAAUUCAUCUACAAACACUUGGAUCUCUCCCAGGAAAGAUUCAUACGAGUUGAUGUUGGUCAUCAGUCGCUUCAAAUCUUCAAUCCUGGGACCAAUGCUCGGUUGUGUCUACCUACCCCAGGCGAGUUACACUAUUAUACUUUUGGAAAAGCGAUUCACUGCGACGGAUUGUUGCUAUCUAAUUGUAGAAUAUUUGAGGGAGGUAAGUAUCGUAAUUCAGUUAAGAAUCUUGCAGUUUGGAAUCCAAUGAUGAGCCGAGUCACAUGGAUCGAACUCUCGAAUUCUUACGGAUUAUAUGAUGUCUACGGUUUUGGAUACGACAAUGUAUCCCGUGAAAACUACAAGAUCUUGAGGAUCAAUCAAGGCCUAUUAUCAUCAGAGAUUGAGAUAUAUGAGUUUAAGUCUAAACUCUGGAGAAGCGUUGAUGCUACUCUCGAAUGCGAUCAUAUGUGGGAUUAUGUGUCUAUGAAUGGAAACAUGUACUGGCUUGCUCGAAAGAAGAUGGUUAACUCUGAAACCGAAUCAUUCAUCCAAUGUUUCAGAGGAGAUAGGCUUUCUCUAUUACAUCAUCAUCAUACAAGUGGGAAGAUAGAAGUGUGGCUUACAAGCAAGCUGGCCGAUGGGGUUGUCUCGUGGAGCAAGUAUCUCAAUGUAACUCAUGAUCCCUUAGUAUUACCCUCCACUUCCCGUCGCAGAAUUCAUCCGACAUACUUCACCCACAAGACCGAUAAGAUCAUGUUAUUGUGCGAGGAAGAAGAUUUCGAGGAGAAGUAUAUUUACACCAAUGUUUACGAAAUUUUCUGGUUCCGGUUCCUUGUUCGGGGGAACUCGGCAGUGGAGAGCAAGUUGGAACAGAAGAAAGCAAGCCAAAAAAACGAUCAGACGGCUGAUUCAACCUCCAUCAUCACACUGGAUGAAAUUGCGUUUAAAGAAACGGGGAAGAAGACAGAGAGGAUGAUCAUUCGGUGCAAAAUUUGUAAUAUUUCUACGAGUUCUGAGGAUGUGAUGGAGACUCAUAAGCUUGGCAAAAAGCACCAGGCUCGGCUUAAGAAACAGUAUAUUUCUGAGGAUAAUAAGCAUCUAGCUGUUUUAGAAUACCGAAAUCAUUACAGUCCCAGCUGGGAUCUUUAA